AUCCUGCAAGAAGAAAGAGCAACUUUCAUCUUUUCAAAAGUGCUGCGAGGGAAGCGAAUACAUCAGUCCACUUUGAUUCACGCUCAUUAUCUUCAUCGCUUCACCUGAGCGCUGCAACUCACUUUGGACACGGACUUUUCCUUUUUUCCUUCUUUUUUUUUUUUUAUUUUUAUUUGCGCCUUUUAAUUCCUUCUCGCUCCCACAGCCAGAUCUCUGUCAGGAUCUGAAGAAGCAGGCUCAGUUCCAAUUCAUUAAAGCCCCUGAAGCAUCUCUCUGUGCAGCCACACGCAAACUCAAAAAAUCCACCGGCCGACAUCAAGAUCACCGAGAAUGAAACACCUAUCCCUGAGGGGCGUGUCCCUGCUCCUGGUGCUCCAGACGGCCGCCGCCAUGGCGAUGCUUCCUAACUCCACGGGCUGGCAGCAGAUUCUGGACAAGUACCUGGAUGAGGACGGGGACUGGUGGGAGGCCAAGCAGAGGGGGAAGAGGGCCAUCACCGACAGCGACGCUCAGCAAAUUCUGGACCUUCACAACAAGCUCAGGGGCCAGGUUUACCCGCCGGCGUCCAACAUGGAGUAUAUGGAAUGGGACACGGAGUUGGAGCGAACAGCAGAGGAGUGGGCCGAGACCUGUUUGUGGGAACAUGGCCCUGCUGGAUUACUGCCUCAGAUUGGGCAGAACCUGGGAGCUCACUGGGGAAGGUAUCGUCCACCCACUUUCCACGUGCAGGCCUGGUACGAUGAAGUGAAAGACUUUUCCUUCCCUUACCCUCAGGAGUGUAACCCCUACUGCCCUUUCAGAUGCUCCGGCCCAGUUUGCACUCAUUAUACACAGCUGGUCUGGGCCACCAGUAGUCGGAUCGGCUGUGCUGUUAACUUGUGUUACAACAUGAAUGUGUGGGGACAGAUCUGGGCCAAAGCUGUCUAUCUUGUCUGCAACUACUCACCAAAAGGGAACUGGUGGGGCUAUGCGCCUUACAAACAUGGCACCCCAUGCUCUGCCUGUCCCCCCAGCUAUGGAGGAGGUUGUAAGGACAACCUCUGUUAUAAAGAUGACAGUUCCUAUCCUCCAGAAGAGGAAACUGAAGAAAACAACUUCAUUGAGCAAGAGGCCCCCCAUACACCGCAGAAGCCCUGGUCCCGGGCCUCCAAACCCGAGCCUCCCAGUCUCCCUGCCCCAGCUCCCACCAAGCCCCCCACAGAGAACCUGCAGAAGAAUGAAGUGGUCAACACACAGCAGAUGUCUCAGAUGGUUACCUGUGACACUAAACUUCGAGAUCAGUGCAAAGGAACACCGUGUAAUAGAUAUGAGUGUCCUGCUGGGUGCCUAGACGCUACAGGAAAAGUAGUUGGGACGGUGUACUUUGAAAUGCAAUCCAGUGUGUGCAGAGCCGGUUUACAUGCCGGUGUCAUAGAUAACGAUGGAGGUUGGAUGGAUGUGACAAGACAAGGCAGGAAGGACUAUUUCAUCAAAUCCAACAAGAAUGGAGUCCAGUCUUUAGGAAAAUAUCAAAGCGCCAAUUCCUUCACAGUUUCUAGAGUUACAGUCAAAGCCAUCUCGUGUGACACCACAGUGGCACAGUUGUGUCCUUUCCAAAAGCCUGUAAAACACUGUCCGAGAUUAUACUGCCCAAGAAACUGUAUGGAGGAGAACCCACACAUAUCUAGAGUAAUUGGAACCAGGAUAUACUCUGAUCGCUCCAGUAUAUGUCGAUCGGCAGUUCACGCAGGAGUCAUCAGAAACGAUGCCGGUGGUUACAUUGAUGUGAUGCCAGUGGACAAACGAAAACACUACAUCGCGUCACACCAAAAUGGCAUUUCCUCUGAGAGCCUUCAAAAUCCCCCAGGAGGAAAGGCGUUCUGGGUGUUUGCCGUGAUUUGAGUACCCCAGAGGGCGGCUUCAUCAAACAGAAAGUGCACUUGGGCUGUUGAAUAGGUGGUAAUCAAGCCCUGUUGUCAAACUCAAUGAGUGAAAUGUUUCUGGCUUUGCUACACUCCGGGGUUAGGGGUCGUCUCCAUGACAGCGUAAACCCAGCAACAAAAACUUGACACAUACACAAAAUGAACCUGUCUGUCCUCCCUUGCAUGGAGUUUUGAUUUUUGUCAUCCUUAGUGGGACAUUUUAUAAUCUGUAAAUACAUUGAAUGGUUUGAUAAUGUAUUGUACAUAUCUGUUAAUAGUAAUACACAUUUUUUUUUCUUUGUGCCAUUGUCUUGCCUUUUAAAACUAGUAGCUCGUCAUGAAUACUGAUCAUAAAAAAAGCCUAUGAUGUAACAUUAUAAUGGCACUUAAGGAUGAAUAUCAUUUUUUAUUGUCUGGCACAUUUCAACGGUGCUCUGGAGAGGUGUCUUGUCAUAUUUUGUACUUUUUAAUGAUUGGAGAACAGAUUGUUAUACAUUUAUUUUUAUAUAAUUAUGCUUUACAUAUAUUUUAUAACGGAUGCUGCUAUAAUGUUCUAUUUUGUAUUAUUGUAUUUACUAGUAUGAUGUGGUUUUAAACUCCCUGCAGGUCGGGAAGUACACUCCCCCUCUAACAUAUUCACCUGUCUUUAUCAUGCAUUGUAUUUUACUGGAUGUAAAGUUGAUUUAGGUCUAUCUACUCUUCUUCCCUUCAUGUUGAUACUGCACAGGAGUUUUAUUUCUUGUUUGUGUGUUAGUGAGUGAAAUACGUCCUGGUAAUUGUUUUUAUUUUUACCUGCUCACAGCUGUCCUUCAUCCUGCGAUCAUUAAUACGGGCAAUUCAUUGUAUUGUCUCCGUUUCACUGUGCAUCAUAUCUAUUUUCCUACCUCGGGUUGUUAGGAAAAGUUUUUUUGCAAUAAAAUAUUACACUCCCCACAA